AAUUCUGUCACUGAACUGUGGAAAUAACUAGCAUGUAGGUUGCACGCCGUCACUGCACACGCACCUUUAUAACUGUGAUCUCAAACUUUCUGUUGAGACUUUAAACUGGAGAAGCACGCAGGACGAAUCCGUGGUUCUAACGUCAUAUUACAGACAAAGGACACAAGCAGAGACAAGCCACAGGUAUUGAUCACCACAGCGGACACUGGUUUGACAGUGUUGACCUACAUUCUUCUUUGUGUCGUGAGCAACAGGCGUGUCCUGGAUCAACAUGACUCACAUGAAAAAGUUUCAAGACAUCAUCAUGUCAAAGUCAAUGAGAGGAUUGUGUAAAGAGGAAGACUACACGUUUCUGGCAAUGACAGAAAAGAACCCAGAAGGAGCUGUUGAAGGAGCUCUGGAGAAGGACUGCAGAGACAGAAAGGAGGACAGGGUCCGCCGGCGACUGGAGAGAGAGCAAUUGGAAAAAGAGAGAAUCCGAGAAAUAGAGGAGAUCAAGAAGGAGAAAGAGCAGCAGUGGAGGACUCAUGUAGAAAAACUCACCUCUAACCAGGAGAAGAAUCUGCAAGAGAGACUGACAAGGCUCAGGAGAUUCAGGGAGUUCCAGAGGAAGGUGCUGGUCGGGGAGUCGGGGAUGGAGGGCAGACUCGCGGUCAACCAGCUUCUCCCCAGGAUGUAGACUCAUGACAAGUGUGCUUUUAUUUUCUGUUGCACUUUAACAUCAAUAAAUGAGCACUUAGUCAACGGA